AUGUAUCGUCACGGAGUCUUCUCGGCGGCACAGGCUCUGGAAAAGAGCAUCAGAGGCUCCGUGGAAUUUCGCUCCGUGAAAAAAUUUCUCAAAAUUAUCUUUCCAGACGUAUACGGCGCACCGGCUGGCCUCGCGUCCAGUGUCCGCCGCUGGAAAAUUCAAAUUCGCUCCGAGAGGGGCGGCGCAGAGAGCCCACCGGGAGAUCCGCAUCGCACGGAGCCGCCCUUGCGCUAUUACGUUGUGUCGCCUCACGCAUCCGUACAUGGGUAUUCUCGUUGUGUAUAUCCGUACCCAUACGACCAGAUGACAGAGCGGUGCCACAGCCUGCAGACCGCCUUCAGAGUCAGCACCACAGUGCGAAAGGACAUGGGCGAGAGGGAAGUCGACCCCGCUAAGCAGCCGCAGAAAUAUAACGGUCUGCAGGGCACCAAUCAGCUCGCGACCGGAUCAUGGGCCGCCAAGUCUUUUUCCCUCGUCGAGAUGGAGGGGGAGGAGCCGCGAUUUUGCAAGUGUAAGCUCUGGAGGCUGCGGUGGUGA